GAAGUGAGGAAGGAGCUGCGGGCCAGAAGUGACGUGAUCCCGGUGCCUCCCGCUCUAACAGUUCCCAGCCUAAAGCAAAAUGGCGCCCCUGGACCUGGAGAAGUACGUGGAAAUCGCCCGGCAGUGCAAGUAUUUACCGGAGAAUGACUUGAAGCGCUUAUGUGAUUAUGUGUGUGAUCUGCUGCUGGAAGAGUCAAAUGUUCAGCCCGUAUCUACUCCAGUUACAGUCUGCGGAGAUAUACAUGGACAGUUUUAUGAUCUAUGUGAGCUGUUUAGAACCGGAGGCCAAGUCCCUGACACCAAUUACAUAUUUAUGGGAGACUUUGUAGACCGAGGAUAUUACAGCCUGGAGACGUUCACCUACCUUCUUGCUCUGAAAGCCAAGUGGCCCGACCGCAUUACACUGCUGAGAGGGAAUCACGAGAGUAGACAAAUCACACAAGUAUACGGAUUCUACGAUGAGUGCCAAACAAAAUAUGGAAAUGCCAACGCAUGGCGGUACUGUACCAAGGUGUUUGAUAUGCUGACAGUGGCAGCUUUAAUAGAUGAGCAGAUUCUCUGUGUACAUGGUGGGCUGUCCCCAGACAUAAAGACUUUGGAUCAGAUCCGGACCAUUGAACGUAAUCAAGAAAUCCCUCACAAAGGAGCAUUCUGUGACUUGGUAUGGUCAGACCCAGAGGACGUGGACACUUGGGCUAUCAGCCCCAGAGGGGCAGGUUGGCUGUUUGGUGCAAAGGUCACCAAUGAGUUUGUGCACAUAAAUAACCUGAAACUUAUCUGUCGAGCGCAUCAGCUAGUGCACGAGGGCUACAAGUUUAUGUUCGACGAGAAGCUGGUAACCGUCUGGUCUGCCCCAAACUACUGCUACCGGUGUGGCAACAUUGCGUCCAUUAUGGUUUUCAAGGAUGUGAACACCCGGGAGCCAAAACUGUUUCGUGCGGUCCCAGAUUCAGAACGAGUGAUCCCACCCAGAACCACCACACCGUACUUCCUCUGAAGCCUCUCCACCUGUUGUGUACUGUGCUGGAAUUUUUUAUUUUUUUGUCUGUUUUAAACACUUUGCUGCUGAAAUGCUACAUCUUUGCCUUUCUUUUAACUUAUCGAACAUGAAGUGAGUGUGUGUAUUAUAUAUAUAUUUUUUUUUUUCCUUGAGCAAUUGUACUGCUAAUUGAGCACCUACUAGUAGACAGUAAAGCUUUCUCCACUUCCCUUCUUAGUUUUGGUUAGGCCUUAAAGGGGCUAUCCCAUGACUAAUGUAAAAAAUGAAAAUCAGACAUCAUAGUACAUGAGGAUCUCUUUUCUAACAGAGCCAGCCCUGCACCUCACAUGGAUCCAGAGAUCUCCCCAUUCACUCAUCUGUAGAUUUCUAUCAAGCUGGCAGCUGUCUUGCUGGUGAAGCUAAGGGGGCGUGGAAAAGACCAAACAGCAGGUGGUGCUAUACAGAUGUAUUUUGAGUCUGUGGCUAGAUUUCUAUUUACAUGCACUUACAAAAGUAUUCAGGUGCUGGUUUGAAAACGGUAGAAUAUUUUUCAUGGGGAAAACCCCUUUAAAGGGUUUCUGUCACCCCAAUUUUCCCUGUAAAACAGGCUGACACUAUAUAGAUGUGAAAAUGUCACCUGGAAUUUAACUCUGCAUUUCUUUUAUUUAAGUGUGCCCCCGUUUUCAUGUAAUUUUAACUUUUUAUUAUAUGCUGUCCCGCUCAGUAUAUGGCGCAAAUGGGGCCAGCAGGAGAACCAACGCUGGCCUGGCCCUGUCAAUCAAGACAGAAGGGCGUGGAAAUGAGGUGGGCGAACGGAGCCUCUCGGAGCAGGUGCAACACCCCCCUGGUCAUAGAGGCUCAUUUGCAUAUAAUAAAAGUUAAAAUUACAUAAAAACGGGGGCACACUUAAAUAAAAGAAAUGCAGAGUUAAAUUCAGGUGACAUUUUCACAUCUAUAAUGUCAGCCGUUUUAAUAGCGAGAAUUGGGGUGACAGAAACCCUUUAAGUUAAAGGGGUAUAAUAAUUAUAAUGCGAUGGCAUAUUGUUAUGACAUGCCAUCAUUUUGUAAUCAGUGGGAGGGGUGUAGGGUCUGACCUUUGGGUUCCCCACUAAUCCUGAGAAUGAAGGGCAUGCAGUACUGAGGUGCACCCAGCCACCCGCCUGGCACCCAGCCCCGUUCAUGUGAAUGGUGCUGCUGUGCAAUCUGCCCUCUCGUUAUG